AUGAUUACCUUCUUUUUGCGUUGGCGUCUCAAGCAUAUUGCAAAACCAGGUGGAGGACGCAGAAAAUCCCUAUUUAAGCGAGUCUUUACCACGCUUAUCAUCCCCGAGAACUGUUCAGUCGUCGAGGAGAUUGUUAGUGAAGAAGAUGAUGCAAUAAUUGAUGAUCGAGCUCAAUGGACUCGAUAG